UCAAACUGAUAUAAAAAAUUGCGACGGGGCGGUAAAAUUGAAAAUAUUUCUCAUUUGGAUAAAUGAAAUGAAUAGGUUCUGAGAUAAAAACAAAGCGUGUUCAUUGUUAGUUAAUAUUAAUAAACAACAUGAUAGCAACGAAGAAAUAUGGUAAGCGCAAAACUUUACAAAACAGUGACCCAGGGAAAAUAUUGGAUUUGGUUAUGAGUUUGGAAGACGAAAUAUGCGCAGACUUACAAAUUAAAGUUAACAAUUAUCUGAUCGAAGAAUGCGAAUCGGAAAGUGUAUUGCAAGUCGUGGUGAACAGCGAGCGGAUGGAGGCGUUUAUUGAGGCAGUGGGGGGUUCCGCUUUGCCCAGGAAGAUGAAGAUCAAUAUUUCACAAAAAUUAGUAGAUGUUAUAAAACUUGGGAAUGAAAUAACUGACUUCUUCAGCAAUUUCGAAGCAGAUUUUCAGGGCAUCGUAUCACCGUACCUCUCAAAAGAGCAAAUCAAGAGGCGGGUAGUGCUACACCCUAUAACGGACAAGCCGUUCGCGUCCAUCGUGUGCGUGAUCGCGCCCAAGAUCUUGGAGGAGAGGGUCAGUGGCGUCAUUAACGAGUGCUACAUGUUCGCAUGGCCGACUUUGAAGAAAACUAUUUGCUAUGAAUACGAAUGCACUCUGAAACAGAAGUGUCAACAACUCCUACGUGUAGCGCGGCGGCUGUUCACGCAAGUGGCGUCCCUGGAGACGCUACUGCGCAUAGCGGUGGAGCAAGCGAAACUGCUCACAAAAGCAGAGUACUGCUCCGUGAUGCUGGUGGAUGUGGAGAAGAUGGAGCUCGUCGACUCGUACUCCAUCAAGCUGAAUUUGGGGGGGAAGGAGCAAGUGGAGCGGCGGUUCCCGCUGAACAUCGGGGUGGCGGGGCAAGUCAUCCAAUCGGGGAAAGUGAUCAACGAGAGGGACGCCAAGCGCUCCACCGCCUUCGACGCGAACAUUGACGGAUUGCCUGGCGUUGAAAGCAAGGCAAUCCUCUGCUUCCCAAUCCGCGAACAGACCGGCAUCAUAGGCAUCGGCCAGCUCAUCAAUAAAGUAGGAGACCCGUACUUUGAUGCCAUGGAUGAGGAGAUGGCGCUAGCCUUCAGCAUCUACUGCGGCGUCUGCAUCAUGCACUCUGUGGUCUACCAGAAGAUUCAGGAGGCGCAUAUCAGGAACACCUUGGCCAAUGAAUUGGUCAUGUAUCAUAUGAAGGUGGGCGACGCGGAAGUGACGCGGCUGCUGGAGUGCACGGGGUUCCACACGCACCCGCACCUGUCGUCGCUGCACUUCAACCCGCGCGCGCUGCCCAUGCGCGAGCUCACGUGCUACGCCAUGAAGAUGUUUUUGGAUCUCGGCUUCGACAAAAGGUUCAACAUAAACAUCCAGAAGCUGGGCCGCUUCAUCCUGUACGUGAAGAAAGGGUACCGAGACGUGCCCUACCACAACUGGCUUCACGCCUUCAACGUCGCGCAGUGGGCGUACGCCGCACUCGUCAACUUCAAACUGGUUUCCACUGGAUAUAUCAACGACUUGCAAGGUCUGAUGUACCUGAUAGCGGGACUGGUCCAUGAUUUGGACCAUCGGGGGACCACCAACAGCUUCCACAUACACGGACAGACGACACUCGCCGCGUUAUACUCCAGCGAGGGCAGCGUUAUGGAGCGCCAUCAUCUGGCCCAAGCUAUGUGUAUCCUCAACACGGAGGGAUGCGACAUCCUGCAGUCGUUACCGAGGAGGGACUAUGACAGAGCUAUCCUCAUGCUGAGGGAUUAUAUCCUUGCGUCUGAUUUGGCUACGUAUUUCAAGAAUCUGAACGAGUAUAAACAAAUAGCGCAGGACUUCCAGAAAGGCAACAGGAUACACGUGGCGUGCCUGCAGUCGCUGCUCAUGAACGCGGCCGACCUCAGCGACCAGCUCAAAGACUGGGGCAGCGUCAAGAAGACCGCGGCGGCGGUGCUGACGGAGUUCUUCAACCAGGGCGACGUGGAGAAGAGCCGCGGCGACCUGCCCGCCAUCAUCAUGGACCGCGACAAGUGCAUCAUCCCCGAGCUCGAGAUACAGUUCCUCACGGCCGCCUGCAUCCCGCUCUUUGAAUUACUCGGACGCAUGUUGCCGAAAGCUGCGACAUGCACUAAGAUUAUUGAGAACCACAUCGAGAGAUGGGCGGCCGCGAAGCCUAUAUUCGCUGAGGUCCCGCCGACAGCAGGUCUGUCUGUGCUCCUAAGCCCAGAGUUGGACAACCUGAUCGAGAUCAAUAUGAAGGAGAUGGAGCGAUUGAAGCUGGAAGCCGAAGCGGCCGCAGCGGCUGAAAACGCUUGAUUUGUUACGUGUUCCAUUACCUAUAUGUCGGAAUGAAAGACUCGACUUAAAUCAUAACUUUAUUCAUAAAAGUUGACGAAUGCUUUAAAUUUGGUUAUGUUAUGUCCCUGUCUCUCUUCCCAAUAUUUGAUGAAGGAGUAGUCUGUUUUAUUCAAAAUAUUUGUGUACUUUUCAUAAGUAAGACAAUACGUUUAGAAUUUGAAUCUAGGUUUCAUAAAACAUAGAUAUUAAACAAGCUUAGGAUAGUAAUGGAUUUGUGAAUUUUUAGAACAAAUUUAAUAUGCUAUAACAUGUGUAUUGUUUUUCAUUCCGUUAACGUACAAAUAAAUUAUGGUUAGUUAAUAUGUUAAAAUUCUGUGUUUUACGUAGGUUACUUAAUGGACAUAGGAUACGAUCUUUAUUUUGAAAAAAAAAAACAAAAUUAAAAAUGUCUUGACACAUUGAUUUUAGAUUUAUACAAUUUUGAAAAUUUACUCUAUUCUGGCAGAAGUAUAAAACUAAAAUAUUUGCGACUGUUUUCUGUAUGUUUUAUAGUUAUAACCAUAUAUAAUUUUAUAUAUUAUAUUUUGAUAAACAAAUUAUAGUUAUUUAUUCGGCGAUUUUUUUAUUGGUGAAGUAAAAUUUGUUGUCGUGUACUUAAUUAAAAUUUAAAUAAAAGU